AUGGAGAAGGUUACUGGUGCAGAUAUCACCCGUUGGUGCCAAGAGAAAGGAGUGAAUGUUAACUAUAGUCUAAGUUUGGUUGGGAAUCUUUCCACCAUAAAGGAAGAAGAUGUAUUGACAGUCAUGGGACAAGUAUAUGGGAUAAGUUAUCUAUGUAUUGUGGAUAAAUGGAGGGAGCAGAAUGAAGAAGUGUCAGCUAUGCUCCUCAGUGGGAAGGAAGUAUUGGACAGAACGUUAUUUCCCGGUAUGAUCAUAUUGGAACGUGGAUCCGGGAGGAAAAUCCAGAUACUGUGGCCGGAAGAACAAAGGUCCGAAGAGGAAGAGGCCACCCAAGGAGAAGAUCAAGGGGCUGGGGAACCUCUCAAUGGUGUUAAUUCCACCGGUUCCUAUAUGAUUCGUGAUGAACCAGAUGCUGCAUCUAGACAGCCUUCCAGCUCAGAACCCAAGGUAGAAGCUGUAGUGGACAAAGUGGUUAGCCAUCUGGAGAGAUGGCACUUUGAAGGAGGUUAUCGUAGAUUGAGGAUAUUCUCUGGAAUUACUCCUAUACCUGCAGGGGAAGAAACAUAUGAUAUGUGGAGGGAAGCUGCCAUCCAACAUUCUGAGGAAUGGCAAUGCCCGGAGCAUAUAAGAAAGCAGAGAGUGGUGGAGAGUCUGCGUGGGCCUGCUAUGAGGGUGGUACAAGCGACUCGGAGAAGCAAUCCCAAUGCCACUUUACGGGAAUAUAUUGAGGCUUUGGAUUUCUCCUUUGGAACUUUGGAAGAUGUAGGAGAUUUGUUGGCCAGACUGAACAGCACUUAUCAAAAUUAUGGAGAGACCUUAACCCAAUUCAUCUAUAGAGUGGAUCGGUUAAUAUAUACCAUAGUGGACAAAGGAGGACUUACAGCAGACUUAGUGGAUGAAAGGAGAUUAAGACAAAUCCUGAAAGGGGCUCUUACCAACAGUCCGAUAGCUCAAAAACUUCGUUGUACUAUGACUCCAACUCGACCCCCCACCUUGAACGAAUUAGUCAGAGAGGUCAAAUUAGAAGAAGUUCAAAUGGAAAACCGGGAAAAGUCCAUAAAAAAGUGA